UCUCACGAUCGUUUACAAGUCUAUGGAGGACAUUCGGAUAUGAUUAUGUGCAUGACCAUUCAUAAGAGCAUGAUCUACACAGGUUGCUAUGAUGGUAGUAUCCAAGCCGUGCGGCUUAACCUGAUGCAGAAUUAUCGUUGUUGGUGGCAUGGGUGUUCACUUAUAUUUGGAGUUGUGGACCACUUGAAACAGCAUUUGUUAAAUGACCACACAAAUCCGAAUUUUCAAACUCUGAAGUGUCGCUGGAAAAAUUGUGAGGCCUUCUUCACCUCCAGGAAAAGCUCCAAACAGGAUGCAGUGGGACAUAUCGAGAAGCAUGCACAGGAUGAUAGCAAGAUCGACUCAUGACAUUUUUCAGCCUCCCAUAUUGGGAAGUAUUUUUUUAUACACAAGAAAUUUUACAUGCCUUGUCCACCUCAUUCUUUUCUUUUUCCUCCUGUUCAUCCUUGGAGCGCAAAAAGAACACAAGCCUUUUUCUGUUUUGUCUACAGAGACACGAUCUGUUCACAGCUCUGCAGAGAAAGGAAUGACAGAGUCAUGCCAAAAAGCUGUUUAUACCAUUCACUUGUUAGGAAAAAAAUCUACUCUUCCUCUUAUUUGCACUGUGCAAAUAAGUGCAUUGUGCUUAUCUCUUACUAGGUAUUCAGAGUAAAGUUGAAUAAACUUGGGGCCCUACCUAUAUGUGUU